AUGCCGUACACCGACGGCGUGCGUGAUGACGCCAUUGGAGCGAUGGCGGUGCUGAGGCAGCCAGAUGUGCAGGAAAUGGUGCUGUAUGAUCCGGUGCAGGACGAGUGGCGGUUCGCGCAGCCGGUGUACCACACCGCGGGGCGCUGGAUCUUGAUCUAG